AUGGAUGAAUUAUGUGUUUUAAUUUUGAUGAAGUUUUACCCUAAUCUGCAGAUGGAUAAACAUUUUGCAUUUCGAAGGUCGUCGGGUCGAAGUAGAACGCUGAUAGAUUUGACUAACACGUUCUUAGAGCCUAAUUUUCUGAAGCGCACAAAAAUCAAGACCGCUUUGCAACAUCCCUGGAUCAAAGAAGGCAAUAUCAAAAUGCCCGAGGAUGUGGCCAUAGCAAACGAAACGAUCACGGCCAGUAUAAGCGAACCAAUAGUAACAGAGACUUCAUUGAGGGUACCUGCAUUUCAUUACCAGUUGCCGGAAUACGAGAAAUCAAUUAGUACCGACAACGAGUUGUUCACAUCAGUCGUAGAGGAAAUCGAGGUUGUUGAACCUAAAACAUAA